GCUAUUUAGAUCUGCAUACAUGUCUAUACAUGUGAGCUCACCACCGCUACGGCAUUCCUGUGAGUGUGAUAGAAACGAACGCGCACUUUCCCGUGCGGAAUCAGUUCACUGUGGACGACUGUUGUCCUACGAUGACAAUGUCUUGAGUGGUCAUGGUACUGUUUUGGUAGGGAGCGAAUUGCUGGCCAGCGUGUCUGGAUUGAAAGUCCAGUACAGUCAGCUGUAUAUGGUAGAGCCCUACAAGUCGAAAUACGUCCCUAAAGUAGGUGACGUUGUUGUCGGUCGCAUCAUCAGCGUGCAGAAAGCUCGGUGGAAGGUAGAUGUUAACUACAGGAUCGCUGCUAUUCUUCAUUUGAACAACGUCAAUCUUCCGGGUGGCGAGCUUAGGCGUAAGGGUCUGGAGGAUGAAAUUGCGAUGAGUGAGCAUCUCGUUGUGGGCGAUCUUGUGAGCGCAGAGGUCCAACAGAUAAAGGCAAGAGGGCAGUUGCAGUUGCAUACAAGGAAUCUGAAAUAUGGAAAACUUGGACAAGGAAUUUUCGUCAAGGUGUUGCCCAGUCUGAUCAAACCGCAAAAAGAGUAUAUGCAUGUUCUGUUUGGAAUCGGUGUAACUAUCGGUUGUAAUGGAGUCAUCUGGAUUUCGCCAGAAAUGAGCGCUGACCCCGACGGUGGUUAUGGACAGGAUAUAACAUUAGCUGUCCCGCUGGACAAACGUUUGUGCAUGGUUCGACUUGCUGCAUGUAUCCAUAUGCUUUCUAAAAGCCUUAUCUGUAUUUACGAUGUGACUAUCAGCGCAGCAUAUAAGGCUUCGAUGCCUUACAAGUUGAUUGAUCUCUAUCGAAUGGAAACGCAUACGAUUAUUUAUGAAAUAGCAGAAUCAGCUUCAAAAACUGCUUUGCAAUACGAAAGCACGCUUCGCGCUACAUUAUGUCCGGAGCAAAUAGGUCGUUUGCCAAGAUUUGAUAUACUUUUCCUUGGAAUGGGUCCUGAUGGUCACACAUGUAGUCUUUUCCCGGGUCACCGCCUUCUUCAAAAGAAUGACCUACUAACAUGGGUAGUGGCAGUUACCGAUUCUCCGAAACCGCCAUCGCAACGAAUCUCGCUCACUUUACCAGUGCUUAAUGCUGCUAAGAAUGUAGCUUUUAUUAUUACUGGUGAAGAUAAAGCAGCAAUGGUUAAGACAGUUCUUGAUUCUGAUGUGCAACAUGUUCCUGCAUCUUGUGUGAGGCCAUUUAGCAAGAAACUACGUUUCUUUCUAGAUAAGGGUGCUGCUAGACUAUCGGUUUUCUUCCAUCGCGAAUUACCCGAAGUAUUGCCCAAAAUGCCUGUAUCGCGAUGGACAAACGAAUAUGAAUUCCAUUUUGAGAAGGCUUCCAUGAUAGACUGUUUCAUUGUGGAAGAACUAGAUUUCUUCCAUCAAUACGUCUUCGUGGACUUAUUAGAGUUGUACGAUGAACCUUUGCGUGCAAUUGGUGUGCAUAACGGAUGCCCCAUUUACCAUGUGGUGCCAUGCUUUGUAUCUGAAAGAGGUGGCUGCCGGCGACUACUUCCUAUGAGCGAAGUCAUUCGUUAUAUCUGCGAUUCUUUCAAACCGUUGGUGACCGACGAUGAAUAUGAACGCGUGGAAAACUGCACGGAUGCGGAACUCACGAAAGCACUUUUGCUCAAGAAAUUUCAGCUAGCCACAAAUCCCAAAAAGAUAUGAGGAUGAUACGCAUUUUGAGCAUGAUACAUAAGUCACCACGAGAUCACAAGGGGGAAUUCCAAUGCCGAGCCUCUGUUGUCCUACGACCUGCCUAUCUCCCUACGAACCAACAUCUCCAACAGCUCUACAGUUGAUGCGGCAAUACCAGUGUUCCAACGUAUUCCUAUACCGCCAACCUGUGUCUGUAUAAUGUACCUCAUACUUUCU